UUUCUCAGAGCUGUUUCCUAUUUAGGAACUAAUAUAUUCAUCAAACAGACAACUAAUUCUACUCUAUUCUAGUCUAUAUUCUGGUCCAUGCCAUUCUAUGAUAUUGUGCUCUAGCGGGCUGCCUAGCAACAGCUCCAAAUCUCGCGUUGGAGGCACAAAGCCUCUCUGCACAUUUUCAACUGCGUAGGGGCAUCUUGCGUGGUGUGUAAGAGAGGCAGCAGCGGCUCAACAUGGCAGAUGUUACAACUCCUGAUGAGGAGCCACAAUUAGAGGAAUCUACUGCGUCCGUGAAGUCCGAAACCGACGAGACCUCUCAAGAAACGCCCAAUGGCGUGAAAACGGACAGCGACGAAAACAAGUCCACCAAAGAAAACCAUGAUCUUAAAGAGAAGUCGGCCGGCAACAGAAGAGGAAACCGCUAUCAUCCCUACAAAGACAAACAUGGUGGAGAAAAGAAGAGUUCUCACAGGAACCGCGUGUUCAUUAGCAAUAUCCCCUAUGACAUGAAGUGGCAAGCGAUUAAAGAUCUAAUGCGUGAGAAAGUUGGUGAGGUUACAUACGUGGAGCUCUUUAAGGAUGCAGAAGGAAAGUCAAGGGUAAGUGUCGUGGUGUGGUGGAGUUUAAAGAUGAGGAGUUUGUGAAAAAAGCGGUGUCAACAAUGAAUAAACAAGAUCUGAAUGGAAGGCCACUCAACAUCAAGGAGGACCCAGACGGAGAACACGCACGGCGUGCCCUGCAGCGCAUGGGCGGAGGCCAGCAGGGGGGCCGUGGGCAGGACAUGGGGCCCGGGGGGAUGAACCUCCCGCCCUCCAUCGCCAACAACCCAAACAUCCCACCUGAAGUCAUCCACGCCCUGCAGGCCGGCCGGCUGGGCAACACGGUGUUCGUGGCUAAUCUGGAUUUCAAGGUGGGCUGGAAGAAGCUAAAAGAGGUGUUUGGAAUGGCCGGAGUGGUGAAACGGGCAGAUGUCAAAGAGGAUAAGGACGGCAAGAGUCGCGGGAUGGGAACGGUGACUUUUGACCAGCCGCUGGAAGCCGUGCAGGCCAUUUCCAUGUUUAACGGUCAGAUGCUCUUUGAAAGACAGAUGCAUGUUAAAAUGGAUGAAAAGUCUCUUCCUCCUGAUGAUUUUCGUCAAGUAGAAAAACCCCCCCAGUUACCACGUGGUCUGGGUGGUAUUGGAAUGGGUCUGGGGCCAGGAGGGCAGCCAAUCAACGCAAACCGACUGAGCGGAGGUGGAGGGAUGGGCUCUCUGGGACCCGGAGGUAUGGAUGUUUCAGGCUAUGGUGGUAUGAACAGACUUGGGGGAAUGAGCGGCGUCGGGGGCUUUGGCAGCAUGGACAGCAUGGCCAGCAUGGGCGGCUUUGGGGGCAGAGACAUGGCACCGGUCGGCCGAAUGGGAGACAUGUACCGGUCAGGAAUGGGUGGAAUGGAUCGGGACUUUGGCCACAGCGACAUGCCAAUGAGUCGAGGAUUUGGAGAUACUUUUGGAGGGAUGGGUGGAGGUUUUGGGGGAAGCAUGGGCAGUGGUGGCAUGGUUCACAUGGGAACUGGAUUAGGCGCCAUGGGCAACAUGUCGAUGGACCGGAUGGGCUCCGGUUUUGACCGCGUGGGCAUGUCCGGAAUGGACAUGAACCGUGGCUUUGGCGGCUACGGAGGGGGAGGAUCGGCACACCUGGGCGGAGGCAUGUCCGAACGAGGCUCCGGGUCCAAAGCAGGCUGUCAGAUAUUUGUGCGAAAUCUGUCCUACGACCUGACGUGGCAAAAGCUCAAAGAGAAGUUCAGCCAUUGUGGCCAGGUCAUGUUUGCAGAAAUCAAGAUGGAGAACGGGAAGUCGAAGGGAUGUGGAACAGUGAGAUUUGAUUCUCCAGAGAGCGCCGACAAGGCCUGCAGGAUGAUGAACGGAACCAAGAUCAACGGGCGAGAGGUGGACGUCCGCAUAGAUCGAAAUGCCUAGAGCUUUUGUAGAAGUUAAAGCAACACUCACCCAUUCAGCCCCUUUGCCAAUGAUCUUUUGUUUUGUUUUAAAAACACAUUUAAUUCAUAUCUCCAUGUCUCCACCGUUUGCUUUUUUUUUUCUCUCUUUUUUUU